UAUGAACAUAAGCAAAAGUGAGAUAACGAAGGAAACUUCAUUAAAACCAUCUCGGAGAUCUCUGCCUUGCCUGGCCCAGAGCUAUGCUUACUCAAAGAGCUUGAGUCAAUCUACCUCACUCUUCCAGUCAACUGAGAGUGAAUCUCAGGCUCCUACUUCUAUAACCUUGAUCUCCAAUGACAAAACAGAGCAAGUUAACACUGAGGAUAAUAAAACAGACUCUGUGCUCAAAUGCUCCUUUGCAGACCUUAGUGAUUUUUGCUUGAACCUAGGAAAAGAUAAGGAUUACACGGAUGAAUCAGAACAUGCUACUUAUGACCGAUCUCGUCUCAUUAAUGACUUUGUUACCAAAGAUAAAUCUGAAUUCAAGACAAAAUUGUCUAAGAAUGACAUGAAUUACAUAGCAUCCAGUGGGCCUCUAUUCAAAGAUGGCAAAAAGCGAAUUGAUUACAUCCUGGUUUAUAGAAAGACUAACAUACAAUAUGACAAAAGGAACACAUUUGAAAAGAACCUCAGAGCAGAAGGCUUGAUGCUGGAGAAGGAGCCAGCUAUUGCAAGUCCUGAUAUCAUGUUUAUUAAAAUUCACAUUCCGUGGGACACACUAUGCAAGUAUGCAGAACGGCUGAAUAUCAGGAUGCCCUUCAGGAAAAAAUGCUAUUACACCGAUGGGAGGAACAAAUCAAUGGGCAGGGUGCAAACAUAUUUUAGAAGAAUCAAAAACUGGAUGUCCCAAAACCCAAUGGUUCUUGACAAGUCAGCUUUUCCAGACCUGGAGGAGUCAGACUGCUAUACUGGCCCCUUCAGCCGUGCACGGAUUCACCACUUCAUAAUAAACAAUAAGGACACCUUUUUUAGCAAUGCUACUCGAAGCAGGAUAGUCUAUCACAUGCUGGAGCGCACCAAAUAUGAAAAUGGAAUAUCAAAAGUGGGUAUUCGUAAGCUUAUAAACAAUGGCUCAUAUAUAGCAGCCUUUCCCCCACAUGAGGGAGCCUACAAGAGUAGUCAGCCCAUCAAAACCCACGGACCUCAGAAUAACAGACACCUGUUAUACGAGCGCUGGGCACGCUGGGGAAUGUGGUAUAAGCAUCAACCUCUGGAUUUAAUCAGGUUGUAUUUUGGUGAGAAGAUUGGACUCUACUUUGCUUGGCUGGGAUGGUACACUGGAAUGCUGAUUCCCGCAGCAAUUGUUGGCUUGUGUGUUUUCUUCUAUGGAUUAUUUACAAUGAAUAAAAGUCAAGUAAGCCAAGAAAUUUGCAAGGCCACCGAAGUCUUUAUGUGCCCUCUCUGUGAUAAGAACUGCUCACUGCAGAGACUCAAUGACAGCUGUAUCUACGCCAAGGUGACAUAUUUGUUUGAUAAUGGAGGAACAGUCUUCUUUGCUAUUUUUAUGGCAAUAUGGGCCACAGUCUUCCUGGAAUUUUGGAAAAGGAGAAGAAGUAUAUUAACCUAUACUUGGGAUCUUAUCGAAUGGGAAGAAGAGGAGGAAACACUUCGUCCCCAGUUUGAAGCAAAGUAUUACAAGAUGGAGAUAGUAAAUCCCAUCACAGGAAAACCUGAGCCACAUCAGCCUUCCUCAGACAAAGUCACUCGUCUUCUCGUUUCUGUCUCAGGAAUCUUCUUCAUGAUUUCUUUGGUGAUCACUGCAGUGUUUGGAGUUGUGGUGUAUCGCCUGGUUGUCAUGGAACAGUUUGCAUCAUUCAAGUGGAAUUUCAUCAAACAACACUGGCAGUUUGCAACAUCUGCUGCAGCUGUCUGUAUCAAUUUCAUAAUCAUUAUGUUGCUGAAUCUUGCUUAUGAAAAAAUUGCUUACCUCCUCACUAAUUUAGAAUAUCCUCGAACGGAAUCUGAAUGGGAAAACAGCUUUGCCCUGAAGAUGUUUCUCUUCCAGUUUGUCAAUUUAAACAGUUCCAUCUUUUACAUCGCUUUCUUUUUGGGAAGAUUUGUAGGCCACCCAGGAAAAUACAAUAAACUUUUUGACCGAUGGAGGCUGGAGGAAUGUCAUCCUAGUGGCUGUUUGAUAGACCUCUGCCUCCAGAUGGGUGUUAUUAUGUUUUUGAAGCAAAUAUGGAACAACUUCAUGGAACUGGGAUACCCGUUGAUCCAGAAUUGGUGGUCACGACACAAAAUCAAGCGGGGAAUACAUGAUACUUCCAUACCUCAGUGGGAAAAUGACUGGAAUCUGCAACCUAUGAACCUUCACGGACUGAUGGAUGAGUACUUGGAAAUGGUUUUGCAAUUUGGUUUUACCACCAUAUUUGUUGCGGCGUUUCCUCUGGCUCCCCUUUUGGCUUUGUUAAACAAUAUCAUUGAAAUCAGACUAGAUGCAUACAAAUUUGUCACCCAGUGGCGGAGGCCAUUGCCAGCUCGAGCAACAGACAUAGGUAUCUGGCUUGGCAUCCUUGAAGGAAUUGGUAUAUUGGCUGUGAUCACCAAUGCAUUUGUAAUUGCUAUUACUUCUGAUUACAUCCCACGUUUUGUCUAUGAAUACAAAUAUGGCCCUUGUGCAAAUCAUGUGGAACCAAGUGAAAACUGCUUAAAGGGAUACGUCAACAACAGCCUCUCAUUCUUUGACCUGAGUGAGCUUGGUAUGGGAAAAUCGGGCUAUUGCAGAUACCGAGACUACAGAGGUCCCCCUUGGAGUUCCAGGCCCUACGAGUUCACCUUGCAGUACUGGCAUAUCCUUGCUGCUCGACUGGCCUUCAUCAUCGUGUUUGAGCACCUUGUUUUUGGGAUUAAGUCAUUCAUCGCAUACCUGAUUCCAGAUGUACCAAAGGGCCUACAUGAACGAAUACGACGGGAGAAAUACUUAGUCCAAGAAAUGAUGUAUGAGGCUGAACUAGAACAUUUGCAACAACAACGGAGAAAAAGUGGCCAACCGGUUCACCACGAAUGGCCUUAGUUGAUAACUGUGACCCAGUAGGGGUGGUCCCAUUAGUAGGAAGAAAUGAUGGCAACUUUGGAUUCUAGGUGGGACCUAGGAGGAAGGCAUGCUUGGCAAACCAUGUGUACAAUACGCUACUUGGAAAUGUUUCGCAAUCAUCUCUGGAAUUUGGAAUAUCCAGGAUGCUAGGGAAGAAAAAAUGACUCAUGACUUAGAGAGAUUGACAUUGCAGGAAAGCAAGAUCUGAUGCUCAGCACCAGUCUCAGGAAGUUGUGUGCUUGUAUACUUCUGCCUUCCAUCAGUGACAGGGUCAUAGGAACGGUGGUGGUGAGGGUGUUAGAGACUGAUUCCCGUGUAAUUGUUCACAAGACAGGCACGACUUAAAGUCUCACAUGAUCUUCACUUGUAUACUAAUCUGGCUUUGAAACUUUUGGUUGAGUUGAGAUGCUCAAAGAAUUGGCUUAAAUCAGUGAUUGCCUUUGCUGCCUGAACUCCAUGUUCCUUCAGUUUACAGCUUGGUAGGAACCUCUCCUGUCCUCUUGCUGGGAGUGUGGAUCUGGGCCACAGGGGAUUUAUGCUGCUUCACAUCGACUAUGCAGUUGAAGAGUUGCACAUCACAGUUAGUAGUCAAACCAAAAAUCUAAGAUUCCAAAAAGAAUGCCAUUUGUUGAAAUAAUAUUCUAUUGCAUCGGCUACUUCAAGUCUGCUGAAUCACUGGUGGAGCCAGUUGCACUGCAAUUCUUUUUUCUACUAAAUGUCAGUAGAGCCACCUACUUAUAAAAUAUGAAUGGUUAUUCUUACUCAUCUAGAACUCAACUAAUCCAUACCUUACUGUGGAAGGCUGUUUUAUAGUAUAUUUCAUUUUUCCCUCUCUGAGUUACUACAACUCCCACAGGAUAUUAACUUGAAUUGUUGUAAAUAUGUUGGUUUUCCUUGUACUUUUGCACCUUGACAGUACGUAGCACAAGUUCUAGUUUCUGCAGCUCUGACACCAGUUACCCAGUAUGCUAUCGUCAUAGGUUUAUUCAGGAAAACUGAAGCCAAAUGCUGUGCAACACGUAUGCUUUUUUCCAACAAUGUGCGCUCUUACUCAUGAACUAAUGAAAACAAUGCAUGAAUGUAAAUCAAUAUUAUUUGUAAAAGAAAAAUGCCACUAUUUUGUGUUUUCCUUUUUUUUCAUCACUGAAGGGAGUUUUCUGUCAUUAUUUUUCAUAGAUUGAUGUGAUUUACUUUUGAAAACUCUCUAUUAACAAAAUCAAAUUCAUUGUAAAAGACACAAUUUUGUUUUGUUGUGGAAUUUCCUAUUUCAGUGUCAACUUUUGGUCUAUGAGUAUGACUGUUCCAUAGACUGAUGAGGCAGGGAUAAUGGGGCACUCGAUGAAGGAAAGUCCAGAGGAGGCAUAAGCUGUGGGGGUGGGAUGGGAAGAAAGAGAAGAGUUAAAGUAGGGAAAUGUACGGUAGAAAUCAAGGCAUCUUUCCUUGCAAAACAAGGAAAUCACAUAUACGCACCCAUUCAUACAUACAUAGGAUGAUGGUAAGGAUUGUUAUUUGUCCUAUUAAUUUUUUGUCCAAUUAAGUAAAGCACAGUUAUUUCCAAAAUAUAAAGGACCUGAUCAAACACAAUAAAAAUAAAGCUCCUAUGUAUAGAUGCUAGUGUUUCUUUAGUAAGAAAAUUAUAAAGUCUCUCUUACCAGAAAAAUAUUUUUCAAGUCUAUCACCGAAAAUGUUUUAUUGAUUUUUUCCUUCUCUCCCUCCAGGCAAAAGUGUAUUGAUUAUAGUUGUUUCAUUGUUUGUUUUUGUCAAGAAUAUUCACUUCCCUACUUGUCUUCUGGUUCUGAGCUAGGAGAAGAGCCUCAGACUCUGAACUUACCUCACAUGCCCUCCCUGGUCAUGUGACUCUUCCAUUCAUUUUUGCCCCUGCUUGUUUACAGCAACUAAUUCCACUAACAAAACACAGGAGUUUUAAAUUCCUCCAUCUUUGUAACAUCUGCAUUUUCUUUUCUUUGUUGGAUAAAUGUAUACACAUACCUGAGUAUAACUCUUCUUCAUGCCUAGUAAUGACAUAAACAAACGUUUUUUCCAAACCGGGGACAUAAGGCACAGACAUUUGUUUAACGGUAGUGCAAAGAGUCAUGAUGACUGUGUCCUUGGGAAUUAUUCCCUUUCCACAUUUUUAUAUAGCCCCAUUAGAGUUUAAAAUCAUGGUGAUUGGCUAGAGAGAAAAAUAUGAUAGGAUAAAAAUAUUUUAAUAAAAAAAUUGUAUUACACUGAUUUAGAAAAUGUCUUCUCGGAUAUUUUUGAAACAGAUGUGAAGAAUAGGAAAAACAAAACAUUAUCUGAAAUGUUUACUUUGUGAUUCAGUGCAAUAGAAUCUAGCUAUGCCUUCAUGUUGACAGUAAAAUGCUGACAGCCCCCUGUAAUGUGUCAAUUUUAGAUCACUCUGUUUGAGUUGAGAGAAAUGUUUUAUAUCAUGGAUUUUAUAUUGAAUACAAAUUGUUUCUCAAAGAUUUAUAGCACACACUAUUCUCAGGAAUUAUGUAUUACAUGAAUGCUGCUUAUAUAUUUUCAUAUUCUAACUUGUUGUCUUUUCAGGCAAACAACUAAUAUAUAUGUGCAUGCAGUCUGCCUUGACAAGUUGUUCUAGGCCGAGGAGCUUUCCCAGUACAAUGUGUGGAAAUCACUCUAGCUCAUAGCUACAAUUGUUUGUGAUUGUCUGCGUCUGUGCACGCACUUAUAAAAUACCAAGUGACUGCAUGACGAGAUACAGUUUCUGAAUGCUGCACAUUCUUCCAAAAUGACUCUUAGCACAAUCUAUUGUACGAUGGAAUGAAUAGGAAACUUUUUCACUCAAUAAAUUAUCAUUUGAUAUGGUAUUUUUAUAUUCUGUGCAUUAAAUUUAAUUCUGCGGGUUUCUGAAAUAUUAAACUGGGAUUUGUUGAGCAUG